AAUAUGGAUGAUAUUAAUGCAUUCAAGACAUGGGCUUCUAAACUAGGAUGCCCACCAGAACGAAUUCCUCCGGAUGAAACCUUGAAAAAAUCGUUUCGUGGAGAACAGAGCUCAAUGUUUCACCAAAUUAUGACUAAAGUACGCUCUCGUCACGAAAUAGCCUGGAUGCGCAAGAAUGUACUCGUUCACAAACUUCAAGUUCACAAGAAAAUGGAUGAUAUAGUUGUUAAUGCGACUUUCCAUACACUCCCGACGGAAUUGCAGCGCUACAUGAAAAUGCAAAAACUUAAAAAGAAAAUUGACGAAACAAGGAAUCGUGUAAAACAGUCACUUGGAAGUCUAGAAUCAAUAAAUCUUCAAAUUAAAGAUAAAAAUGUUCAAAAAUUUCGUUUGGCGAAUAAGUUGGAGGAGCUUUACGGUAAAGCGUCCCUGUACAUAGCUUAUGAUAAAGCGUUAAAAUCCAACAUCGAAAAAGAAAAACAGCUGAUUGAACGCAUCAACCGCAUAAUGCCAAUGAAAGGUUCAGAAUCUUUCCAUCCUGACAAGGCCGAGAAAGCCAUCGAAAUAUGCAUCCAACUUCUGGAGGGGUUUUAUGAAAAAUUUCAAGACGUCAACAACGGCUCCAGCCGUAAUAUGCAGGAAAAACUUUGGACGGAUAUACGGGACAUUCUGCGAGGCGUACCUAACUAUUUACUAUGGAAUGUGUUAUUGAAGAUGAAGGAUAGCAAUUUAAGCGAAAUAGCCGAACAAAAUAAUCGUCGUGAGCAGAGCGAACAAAAUGUAUCGUUUUCUGAUCGGGAUAUGCUACAGUUGAGCAUGGCUAAACUGGGCACGAGUCACAUAAACGUGUUCCUUGAUGUCAUGUCCACUCGCAACAUGGUCAACACAGCUAGAGAGGAAUAUUUAGCCCGAUAUUCACCCUGUUCCAGCGAGCUGGAAGCUAAAAUGACUCUUAUGAAUGUUAUGGACGACGAAGCGGAAGAAGCGCUCGAGGAGUACCUGAUGCAGUGGAACUCGCGUGAGUACAAUCAGGGUCAAACCGAGUAUAUGGAUCGCGAAAUCGAGCGAAAAAAGCAAGAGCUGCUGCUGUACUCGCAGAAAAAUCAGAAUCACGAGCAAUUGCUAUCCCAGCUUCGAGGUAUAUAUGGACAGAUCGAGGAUAUUUCUAAACACAUGGAAGCAGGUUUACACCAGGUCCGACAAAUAAAGCAGAAGGUGCACUACUCGAAGUAUAUGUGCCAGCACACGGUUCACACAAUACGACAGAAGAACGGCAAUAAUCAAACAUUGAAUAUGAGCGAUCAGUCUUUUAGCCGGCUCGAUAAUUCAAUCGUUGGAGCUAGCGGUCCCACCUAUGGUCCCGCCGUGCUGCCUUCUUUCGUUCAAGAACUGGAGGUGUUUGGGCAAAUCCCAUUGUUCAAGUACGCAAAUAUCUCGAAAGCUCUUCAGUUCAGCGUGGAACCUAAUGCAGCGUUGAUCUUCGAUCUACCGAUCGUUUUGGCGUUGCUACCAACCACUGCUGUUAGUCCGGAAUCAUCUCUGAAGCAGCUCAUAGCGAUGCAAGAACUGGAACAGCGUGCAAACUCCGGCUCGGUAGAUUCGUGCUCUGUUGUUGGUGUUAGUAUCGAACAUGCUGCUCUCGAGAUGCGAUGGAAGAACAAUCAUGGCAAGAUCUGCGAAAUGCUGGAUAAAAUUGAUGCUAUAACGAGUUGCACGCGUCAAAUGCUUGAGAGGGCACGAACGUACUAUAACUUUGUACUCGCCAACAACCUGCGAAAGUACGUUCCAGCCACAAAACUAUUCAACGGUCGCAGCUUUCAAGAGUAUGAAAACGAAUAUCUAAUGUACUAUCGGAUGAUUUACGGGUUUGGAGGAAAUUGA